UUUUUUUUUUUUUUUUUUUUUUUUUGGGAAUUGUUAUUAAAUAUUUCUUAAAUUUAAAUAAAUCUGACAUGUUGAUAAUUCCAUGUUGUUAAUAAGGACCUAAAGAUUUUUUAUUUUAUUUUUAUUAAUGUUUUACUUGCAAUUAUGAGUAUAUACAAUCGUAUUUAUUAUUUUGUUUUGAUACAUAAUUGGACCACCAUAUCUGGUGUGAGGAUAUCAUUCUGCACAUGCUUCUCUCGCCUAUGGAUUUGCGUGUUUGUCUAACUACUUUAAUUUUUUAUGAGCCAAGUUGUACUAUUUUUAUAACCUUAUCAUCUUUAUAUAUAUAUAUAUAUAUAUAUAUAUUCAUUUUUAUAGAUUUUUUUUAGUAACACUUGAACUGGUUAGUUAUACCAAUUUAUUAUCAAUGAAUUCGAGAAAAAGUAUUUGUCAUUCACGAGUUUUGUACAAAUUAUUACUCCGUAUUUAAUAGCUGGAUCCAGAAUUUUAUGAGACCUGCAGAUUCUGGUCUGUGAGCGGACACGGGUGUUAUUGACAAGCGCUGCAUAUUUCCAUUUAAAACACCUUGAUGUUUCCAAGCACACACGGAAUCUUUCGCCUGCUAGUAGGUUUAUAUUGCUCUCAGGGCCUGCUGAACUUUACCAGCAAAUGCUUGCGAAGGCUCUUGCACAUCACUUUGAAGCGAAGUUGCUAGUAUUUGAUGUAACCGACUUUUGUCUAAAGAUGCAGAGCAAGUAUGGCAGUCCCAAAAAUUCUUUCAAGAGAUCUAUCUCAGAGGUGACAUUAGAGCGAAUGUCCAGUUUGCUUGGUUCCUUCUCAAUCCUUCCCUCAAGAGAGGAUACCCGAGGCACAUUUUGCAGGCAAAGCAGCAGUGUGGAUAUUAAAUCAAGGGUUAUGGAAGGUUCUAAUGAUCCUCCAAAGCUUCGCAGAAAUGCCUCUUCUUCCAGUGAUAUGAGUAGCAUCAGCUCUCAGUGCUCCUCCUCAAAUCUAGCUCCCCUCAAGCGCAUGAGCAGUUGGUGUUUUGAUGAGAAACUUUUCUUACAGUCACUUUACAAGGUUUUGGUUUCAGUCUCUGAAAGCAGUUCCAUCAUUCUUUACCUCAGGGAUGUUGAUAGGCUUUUUCUCCAAUCGCAAAGGCUAUACAAAUUGUUUGAUAGGAUGUUGAAGAAAGUAUCAGGAUCUGUUUUGGUACUUGGUUCCCGGAUGUUGGACACUUGCGAUGAUUGUGCAGAAAUGGACGAGAGACUUGCUGUUUUAUUUCCUUACAAUAUUGAGAUCAGACCACCUGAAGAUGAGACUCGUCUUAGAAGCUGGAAAACCCAACUAGAAGAGGACAUGAAGAAGAUCCAGUUUCAGGAUAAUAAAAACCACAUAGCUGAGGUACUUGCAGCAAAUGAUCUUGAAUGUGAUGAUUUAGGUACGAUCUGUCAUGGUGACGCGAUGGUUCUUAGUAACUACAUAGAAGAGAUUGUGGUAUCAGCAAUAUCGUAUCAUUUGAUGAACAACAAGGAUCCAGAAUACCGAAAUGGAAAGCUUAUUAUAUCAUCUGAGAGUUUAUCCCAUGGAUUGGGUAUCUUCCAGGAGGGAAUAAGUGGUGGGAAAGGUACUCUUAAACUGGGGAUGAAUGCUGAAUCUUCCAAGGACUCUGAAGGGGAAGGGAUUACUGGGUCAAAGAGUGAGGCGGAGAAAUCAGGUCCUUUAGCAAAGAAGGAUGGUGACAAUCCAUCUUCAUCAAGAGCUGCGGAAGUUCCUCCUGACAAUGAAUUUGAGAAACGCAUAAGGCCAGAGGUGAUUCCUGCGAAUGAGAUUGGAGUUACAUUUUCAGAUAUUGGUGCCUUGGACGAGAUUAAAGAAUCACUUCAGGAGCUUGUAAUGCUCCCUCUUCGAAGACCGGACCUCUUCAAUGGUGGGCUUCUUAAGCCUUGCAGGGGUAUAUUGCUUUUUGGGCCUCCCGGUACUGGUAAAACGAUGAUGGCAAAGGCCAUUGCUAAUGAAGCUGGAGCAAGCUUCAUCAAUGUCUCAAUGUCGACCAUUACUUCAAAAUGGUUUGGGGAAGAUGAAAAGAAUGUCCGUGCUCUGUUCACACUUGCAGCGAAGGUUUCUCCUACUAUUAUUUUUGUGGAUGAGGUUGAUAGUAUGCUUGGGCAGCGGACAAGAGCUGGGGAGCAUGAAGCUAUGCGGAAGAUUAAGAAUGAGUUCAUGACACAUUGGGAUGGGCUGUUGACAAAGCCGGGUGAGCGCAUCCUUGUUCUUGCUGCGACCAACAGGCCAUUUGACCUUGAUGAAGCAAUUAUCAGGCGGUUUGAGCGCAGAAUUAUGGUUGGUUUACCACCUGCGGACAGUAGGGAAAUGAUAUUGAGAACUCUUUUAGCAAAAGAAAAAGUAGGUGAUCUAGAUUUCAAGGAGCUUGCAACCAUGACUGAAGGUUAUAGUGGAAGCGAUCUUAAGAAUUUAUGUGUGACAGCAGCUUAUCGGCCUGUGAGGGAGCUAAUACAACAAGAGAGACUGAAGGAUAUGGAAAGAAAGCGGAAGGCUGAAGCAAAGAGCUCAGAAGAUGGUUCGGAUGAAAAAGAAGGUGGUAAAGAGGAGAGAGUAAUUACUCUGAGGCCCUUAAACAUGGAAGACAUGAAGGAGGCAAAGAAUCAGGUUGCUGCCAGUUUCGCCUCUGAGGGAUCCGUAAUGAGUGAACUGAAGCAGUGGAAUGACUUGUAUGGAGAAGGUGGUUCGAGGAAGAAAGAGCAGUUAUCUUACUUUCUUUAGAUUGCACGAUAUAGGCACUUUAUACCCUAAUGAACACCAUUCCAUGUGAAAGGCGGUGAAGGUUUGUAAAUGGAAAGCCAAAAUGCUUCACUCGAAACCCUAUUAUUCCAGGACACAAGGGUGACACACUGCAACAAAAGCUAGAGCUCCAAGUGCUUGGAUCAAAAGAAAUUCUGAAAAGCUUGAUUUGGCCUGUAAAAUAUUUCUCAGAUGAUGAUUCGUUUGGCAUUUGUGUAUCAUGCUUGAGAGAGAGAGAGUUGUCGGUAUUUAUUAGGCCAUUUGUGUUGAUAAUGUCAUGUGAGUGGUGUUUGGAAAUGCACAUUGGUUUCAGAAACAGGGAAGAACUUGUAUAGUAGUAAUAUAUUGUACAUUGGUCUUGUUUAAGGGUGAUGAUUCAUGUUUA